AGUGGACAGAAUCUCUAUGGUAAAGGCUUGGAGAGGUCCAACUAUUUUGUCCUUAGUUGCUGCAGACAAAUGUCUAUUCGCUUUAUUUUCUCAAGGGUCAAGAGAACUCAGCUACAGAGCCAAAGGAUGCUUGUGGUUGGGACAUGUGUGAGGCACCACAGCAGACCUGAGCCCGGACCCCCAGAGAUAUGAACGACUUGAUGUGCAGCCGACCGUCCAAGUCCAAACUCUCAUUCUCGAAACCGGCAGUAAACAUAGAUAGGGAGGGGCCGCUGCGCCUGCCAAGGGAGGCAGAAACUUGGUGCCAAGGAGUGUGCUUCCAGGUGCUCAGUGGAUGUCAGCUUCAAAGGAGGCGCCAUGUGGAGCUGUGGCCUCCUCAAUGACACAGGACGUGGUGAAGAACAGCUAUGCCAGGACCUGCGCCUGGGGCUCUGGGUCCUCUCCCUGCUCUACCUCGUGGCAGGCGUUCCUGUGGGCCUGGGCUACAAUGCCCUGCUGGUGCUGGCCAAUGUGAACAGCAAGAGCAGCAUGACCAUGCCAGAUGUCUACUUUGUGAACAUGGCCGUGGCCGGCCUGCUGCUGGCUGCACUGGCCCCUGUGCACCUCUUGGGACCUCCCCACUCCAGGUGGGCGCUGUGGAGUCUCAGCAGCGAGGCCCACGUGACGCUGCUGAUCCUGUUCAAUGUGGCCUCCCUGGUGACCAUGUACUCCACCGCACUGCUCAGCCUUGACUACUACAUUGAGCGGGCUCUGCCACGCACCUACAUGGCCAGCGUGUAUAACACGAGGCAUGUGUGUGGCUUUGUGUGGGGUGGGGCGCUGCUCACCAGCUUCUCCUCCCUGCUCUUCUACAUCUGCAGCUAUGUAUCCUCCAGGAUUGCUGAGUGUGCCAAGAUGCAGAACACAGAGGCUGCUGAUGCCAUCCUGGUGCUCAUCGGGUAUGUGGUACCGGGCCUGGCUGUGCUGUAUGCACUGGCACUCAUCUCGCGUGUCCGGAAGGAGGCCACACCCCUUGACCAGGAUACAGGCAGGCUGGACCCCUCAGUACACAGGCUUCUGGUGGCCACAGUGUGCACACAGUUUGGGCUCUGGACGCCUUACUACUUGAGCCUCCUGGGGCACACAGUGCUGGCCUCGAGAGGGAGGCCUGUGGAUGGGCACUACCUGGGGAUCCUGCAUUUAGCCAAGGAUUUGUCCAAGUUUUUGGCUUUCCUGAGCAGUUCCAUAACGCCCCUUCUCUAUCGUUACAUCAACAAGACCUUCCCCAGCAAACUGCGGCGGCUGAUCAAACGAAUGCACUGUGGGCAUCGGCACUGCUCCCCUGGCCCCUCGGGCAUACAGCAGGUGAUGGCACAGGCAUAGGGGACAGCCACAGGCCCAGGUCUGGAUACAGAGCCUAUGACAGGCAGAGUACUUUGCCACCCAGCGCUGCAACACUUGCUUCCCCUGGGGGGUGUGCCAGAGGGACAACAGCACAUGGAUGUUUUCCUUCAAGUUUCCUGUGUUGUCCCCUUAAUGACAGAUCUUGGGCCAAGGUCCUGUGGAAGGCAGCAGGUGCCUCUCCCAGACCCUCCUGCCUGGAGCUGUGAGCCUCUUUGCUAAUAUCUUCCCAAACGCACUGACCUCCGCCCCUGUGGCAUCAAAUGAAGAGAAGAAAACCCAAAGCCAGUAUUGGUACCCUGUACUUCAGGGCAGAUUCCCCUUUCACUGUUUUAUAAAAAGACAUGCCUGAUGUUAAGAUGAGGAAAACAGAACCAGUGGGUGCAGAUGUCUGCUAUACAGUAUCAUGAAGGGCAGGCACAGCACAUUGGCUUGGCAUGCUGCAGCCACACAAUCAGGCUCUAAGUGAUGGUCAGUGAGCACUGGCUCCAUGUACCUGCUUCCCUCCUGCACGGAGGACAGCAGCCCACUUAUCUCAGCACACGCCUGUCUUUCCACAUAAGAUGCUCUAAGUGUGCACACAACUAUAAAGAAAAAUAAACGCAAGGAAAAGGAAAACACCAUCAGACUUCUGACAGAACACCAAAGCCAAAGGGCCUCCCCAGGGCAGAGGUCUGGUUUGUGAGGCCUGGAGGGAUGAGAAGGGCAGGACUGCCCUUGGCUUGGCUCCUGAGCUGGCCAGGGACUGGUGGCCAGAGAUGUGGCACCGCAUGUGGACAUCAGCUCUGGAGCAACUCAGACUAGAACCCCCAGGCCAAUGAUGCCUCAGGGAGACUUCUCUGGACUUCUGUCCACACAUUUGGUAAAACAUUAUAAAGUGAAAAGUGGGAAGACUCCAGGUCUCCAGGACUAAGUUAUAGCCUAUAGUCCCCAGCCCUCAGUUCUGAUGAUCUCCCUGCAUGAUCCUUGGAGUAAUGUGAGGUGCUUCAAGCUAGCCUUUGCAACUGCCGCUGUCUCUGCAGACGGUUGGGGUGAUGGUGGGGUGCAGCCCCAGCCCCACACUGCAACACACAUUGUCUAUAACACAUUUCCUUCUGACUGCCCAACACAGGCUGCCUCUGAGCUCACCCGCCCAAGGACCAUGGCCCUGAGUGCUGUGGCUUUCUUAUACAACGGCCUCCAGCUCUGCUCUUCCUGUCUUGGGAAAUUCAGUUGCUUUCAUUUUAUUUAUUGUAUGCAAACUACAUCCCUUUAGGACAGGCCUGAGGAAGUUUGCUGUGUGAAGAAUUAUGAAGAUACACUGGACACUCUGGCCUCAGGGCCACAUGGGACAAGUUCUGGAGGGCUCACUUUCCUCUCUGUAAUCCAUGGGGCUGAAGCAGGCAACCGUUUCCUCAGUUGGUUCUGACUGUAAGUUUUUAAAGGCAUGCCAGGAUCUUGCUACACCCUUAAAGCAGCCUACCUGGCUCACCCUCCCCUCAAGUGCAGGGCUAGGAAAGGCUGUGGCCUACACACUAGCUAUGCAUCCUGACUACAGCCUGUGCAAUCUCCAUGUUUGCUGAGGAAAUAGCUCUGCAAAGAGCUACAAGGCCAGGUGAGCAGGCCCAGGGGCCAACCGCAGCUGAGCUUUUUGGGAUCCACAUGAAGAAAGCUGUUUAUGCAGUGAUGUUCUGGCUUAAAGGACCUUUUUCCUUGCUUAUUCUAGUUUCACCUUUACUCCUGGAGGAGCUCCUAAGUAGGGCAUGCUCCCACCACAAGUCAGGAGAGGCACCACCUCCUCCUUCCCCCACCAAACAAAGCAAGAAGGAGCCCAAGUCACAUUUCUGCUCUGUGCAAUUCCUCCAUGACUUUAGGUACAAACUGGGGGACUGGAUUCCUAGGACCUUACCACCAUCUGCCUAGUCAGGUCUUUCUAGUGGAAACACACAGACACCUGACACACAGACAUACACACACACUUUGCAGGCAGCCACCUGUAGCAAGCAAGCAAGAUUCCUGAUGUCGUGCGUCCUCAUCCUGCCACCUCCAGGCCAGAGACCCUCCUUUUGCUUGCCUCCUACUGGUUCUAGCCUUCUGCCCACCCCAGUGGCUAUUCUAACACCCCAAUAUGGCCCAAUGAUCUUUGGCCCUUGCUACCACCUUCCUGGGUUGAAUUCAUCCUGGGAUCCAGUGUGCCUUGUAUGUCUCUUGCCCUGCUCAUGUCAGAUUUCCAAUUCACACACACAUACACACACAGAGGACCUGGGAUUCUCAGAGAAGAUCCAAGGGUUCAGGGAAGAACCAAUGGUCACAUGCUCAGUGCUCAGUUCUUCCCAGGAAUUUGAAGAUGCUGUAUGUUGGGGAGCCAUUCAUUCUGUUAUUAGCGCUGCCUGGCUAUUGGAAGUCAAAAUGAAUGAUCUUAUUUUCAUUAA